AUGACCGGUCCCUCGCCUCGAAACGGCGGCUCCCCCCGCUCCGACCCCGCCGGCCCUGCCCUCGACUCGAGCUGCCGACAGUCGCCCCCGAUGUCCGGCGCAAGGCUCAUUGUCGUCUCCAAUCGCCUCCCCGUCACCAUCAAGGUCGACCCGUCCGUGCCCGGCGGCUACACCUUCACCCUCUCCUCGGGCGGCCUCGUCUCGGCCCUCUCGGGAUGCAAAAAGACGAUGAACUUUACCUGGAUCGGUUGGCCGGGCCUCAGCGUGCCCGAAAAAGACGAGGCCUACAUCGAAAAAAAGCUCAUGGACGAGUACAGCUGCCAGCCCGUGUGGAUCUCGGACGAGAUUGCAGACCGCCACUACAACGGCUUCAGCAACUCGAUCCUCUGGCCCCUCUUCCACUACCACCCGGGCGAGAUGAACUUUGACGAGACAAACUGGCUCGCCUAUCGCGAGGCCAACCUCAUGUUCGCCGAAAAGGUCCGCAGCGUCGUCCGCCAGGGCGAUAUGGUGUGGGUCCAGGACUACCACCUCAUGCUCCUCCCCCUCAUGCUCCGCACCCUCAUCGAGGGAUCGUCCAAGCAGGGCGCCACGUCGCACCGCGAGCUCGAGCACGUCCGCUACGGCGUCGACGGCACCUCGCAGCUCGACGACCAGGACAAGCUGGCGGCCCCAGCCGCGCAGCGGCCCAUGUCGCCGCCCGCCGACGACGACGAGGGCAACGAUGCCGACGACGAGGAUGCGCCACCUUCGUCGUCGGGCGGCAGGGCCGGGGCGAGCGGCGCCCGCGAUGCUUCGCAGCAGCAGCACCAUCACCAGCCGGCCGGACGGGGCCUGGGCACCAGCGACGGCUCAAAGGGCCGCGGUUCGAUCAAGAUUGGCUUCUUCCUGCACACGCCGUUUCCCUCGAGCGAAAUCUACCGCAUCCUGCCCGUGCGGCGCGAGAUCCUGCUGGGUCUGCUGCACUGCGACCUGAUCGGCUUCCACACCUACGACUACGCGCGCCACUUUUUGUCGUCGUGCACCCGCAUCCUCGGCCUGCCGACGAUGCCCAACGGCGCCGAGUUCGAGGGCCGCUACGUCCACGUCGGCACCUACCCGAUCGGCAUCGAGCCGUCGCAGUUUGAAGAGGGCCUCAAGCGCGAGAGCGUAAAGGAGCGCAUCCGCAGCCUGCAGCGGCGGUUCGAGGGCGUCAAGAUCAUUGUCGGCGUCGACCGCCUCGACUACAUCAAGGGCGUGCCGCAGAAGCUGCACGCGCUCGAGACGUUCCUCCAGGAUCACCCCGAGUGGAUCGGAAAGGUGGUCUUGGUGCAGGUAGCGGUCCCGUCGAGGCAGGACGUCGAAGAGUAUCAGAACCUCCGUGCCACGGUCAACGAGGCCGUGGGACGCAUCAACGGUCGGUUCGGCACCGUCGAGUCGAUGCCGAUCCACUUUUUGCACCGCUCCGUCAGCUUCGACGAGCUGUGCGCCCUUUACGCCAUCAGCGACGCGUGCCUCGUCACCAGCACGCGCGACGGCAUGAACCUCGUGUCGUAUGAGUACAUUGCCUGCCAAGCCGAGAGAGCCGGCGUCAUGAUCCUCUCUGAAUUCGCAGGUGCCGCACAAUCACUAAACGGCAGUCUGAUCUGCAACCCGUGGGACGCAUUCGCCGUAUCGGACGCCAUCCACGAGGCGCUGACGAUGCCCGCCAAUGUGCGGCGCGAAAACUUUGAAAAACUCAGUCGGUACGUGCAGAAGCACACGGCGAGCUGGUGGGGCCUCAGCUUUGUCAAUGACCUCAAACAGAUCAAGGUCGACGAGGAUUCCGUCGUCUCGCCCUCGACGGCGACGGGCGGCGGUCUCGACGAGGGUCAGCUGGAAGUUGACCCGCUCGAUGGUCUUGGUGCCUAG